GGCAACAGCCCGUACUACAAUAUUGACCUGAAGGAGAUACAUGUCGCUGGGAAGCCGCUGAACCUAAAUCCACGGGUUUUUGGUGGAAAACACGGGACUAUACUUGAUAGUGGUACCACCUAUGCUUACCUUCCAGAAGCAGCAUUUGCAGCUUUCAAGAAUGCUGUAGUGAAAGAGCUUCAUUCUCUAAAACAGAUCGAAGGGCCAGAUCCUAGUUUUAAAGAUAUCUGCUUUUCUGGUGCUGGAAGCAACAUAUCACAACUCUCAAAGAACUUUCCGCAUGUCGAUAUGGUAUUCAGCGAUGGAAAGAAACUAACUCUCUCUCCUGAAAACUACUUGUUUCAGCACUUCAAAGUACGUGGUGCUUAUUGCCUAGGAAUUUUCCCGAAUGGAAAGAAUCCAAUUAGUCUUCUUGGAGGAAUCGUUGUUCGCAACACUCUUGUUACUUACGAUCGUGAAAAUAAAAGAAUUGGUUUUUGGAAAACUAAUUGUUCUGAGUUAUGGGACAGACUCAAUUUAUCCCCUCCACCUCCAUCUCCACCUUCACCAUCGCUCUCAAGCUUGGAUAACACAAACCCCACUGCACACCUGUCUCCUUCAUCAGCUCCUAGUGGACCCCCUGGGUACAACACACCUGUGGAUAUUAAAGUUGGGCUUAUUACAUUUUACUUGUCACUAAGUGUCAAUUGCUCAGAGUUGAAGCCUCGCAUUCCAGAACUUGUCCAUUUCAUUGCCCAGGAGUUGGAUGUUAAUGUCUCACAGGUUCGCUUAAUGAACUUUUCCACGAAGGGAAAUGAUUCCCUCACUAAAUGGGCCGUCUUUCCAGCAGGAUCUGCAGACUAUAUGCUAAAUGCCACUGCAAUGGAAAUAAUAGGCAGGUUGGCUGAAGAUCAUCCCCAUCUACAGCAUUCCUUCGGAACUUAUAAAAUGUUUGACUGGGUCAUUGAACCUCCACCAAAAAGGAAGCUUUGGCCGCGAAAUUACUUGGUUCUAGUGGUUGCAUUAGUUGUUUUGGUAGUUGGGUUAUCAGCUCCAGUUGGAUGGUUAAUUUGGAGGCGGCGGCAAGAACCCAAUCUUCCAUAUGGACCAGUUGGAAGAGUUGAAACUGUUACUCAUGAUCAAGAACUGCAGCCGCUAAAAUGAAAUGAGUUACUUUCCUCGGAUGCUUCAUGCUAAAAAGGAAUUUUUGUAGUGGAAGUGCCGAUCUUUUAACCUUUGUUUACAUGUCGAGAAAAAUUGUCAAAUGUGAAGAAUUAUACCUGGUCACAAAUGUCAGUGUUCCAUCGGGAGUAGAUGAAUUUUUAUUAAAGAAGAAGAAAAGGAACUGUUGCUUUCGAGUAAUGUCACUUCCAUAUGUGAAUGCUUUAGAUAAACACGAAAUUAGGUUGACAUUGCUGUUGUACUCUCUCA